AUGAAGCCCCCCAGUCCAGAGCCCCCAGCCCCAGCCCCGCAGCCCUCAGUCCUGGCUCUCAUAUUGUCUGCUGCUCUGCUGUUCCCGGCCCUUCUGCUGUUACUGGCCCUCUUCUGCUGUUACUGGCCCUCUUCUGCUGUUACUGGCCCUUCUGCUGUUACUGGCCCUCUUCUGCUGUUACUGGCCCACUUCUGCUGUUACAUCUCUUCUGCUGUUACUGUGCCACUUCUGCUGUUACUGGCCCACUUCUGUGUUGGCCCUCUUCUGCUGUUACUGGCCCUCUUCUGCUGUUACUGGCCCUCUUCUGCUGUUACUGGCCCUCUUCUGCUGUUACUGGCCCUCUUCUGCUGUUACUGGCCCUCUUCUGCUGUUACUGGCCCUCUUCUGCUGUUACUGGCCCACUUCUGUUACUGCCUCUUCUGCUGUUACUGGCCCUCUUCUGCUGUUACUGGCCUCUUCUGCUGUUACUGGCCCACUUCUGCUGUUACUGGCCCUUCUUUCACUGGCCCUCUUCUGCUGUUACUGGCCCUUCUGCUGUUGCCCACUUCUGCUGUUACUGGUCCACUUCUGCUGUUACUGGCCCUCUUCUGCUGUUACUGGCCCACUUCUGCUGUUACUGGCCCACUUCUGCUGUUACUGGCCCACUUCUGCUGUUACUGGCCCUCUUCUGCUGUUAUAGCCCUCUUCUGCUGCUGGCCCUCUUCUGCUGUUACUGGCCCACUUCUGCUGUUACUGGCCCUCUUCUGCUGUUACUGGCCCUCACCUCUGUCACUUCUGCUGUUACUGGCCCACUUCUGCUGUUACUGGCCCUCUUCUGCUGUUACUGGCCCACUUCUGCUGUUACUGGCCCACUUCUGCUGUUACUGGCCCUCUUCUGCUGUUACUGGCCACCUCUUCUGCUGUUACUGGCCCUCUUCUGCUGUUACUGGCCCUUCUGCUGUUACUGGCCCUCUUCUGCUGUUACUGGCCCUCUUCUACUUUACUGGCCCUCUUCUUCAUUACUUUUGCUAA